UGUCCAGGACAUAAAUGUAUGACGUAACAGUCUGGCGCAGUUUGCCUAGUGGCCAUUUUGUUUUCAUUCGCACGGCUGAUUAAGGUGUCCAUCUGUCCAUUCAGCCUGGUGAGAGAGGCACUCAAGCGCAACAAUGGAUUCAAAGCGGCAUGAACGUGGCUCCAAGUCCAAUACAGACUCGCCACCUGCACCACCUUCACCUCCUAUGUAUAGUGCAUCUUAUACAACAUAUGAUGGGUACAAAAAUAGAAUGUCGUCUCGUCGCUCGCCUUCACCCUUGGAUUACAGAAGCAGUAGAACUUCCAGAAACGAUUCGCCCCAGGAUAGACGUAGAAGAAGACGUAGUGGUUCAAAGUCUCCCCCAAGUCGAUCACAUAGACGAUCUCGAUCAUCUGACAGGGACAAGGAUCGAGACAGGGAUAGGGAUCGAUCACGAAAAUACUCCAGAAGAGACAGAUCACGAUCGAGAUCAAGAGGAAGGUCACGAUCCAGAGACAGAAGGCGUAGUCGUAGUCGUAAUAGAAGUAGAGAUAGACACAGAGGCAGAGAAAACCGUAGAUAUCAUAGGGCACUGUCGUAUGAAUCUGAUACUGCCGAAGAUAAUAUUGAAACAACUAUGCAACAACCAGUUGUUCCACCACAGUCUAAUGCUUUUAAAAAUGAUGGUAGCUUUAUGGAAAUGUUUAAAAAAAUGCAAGAGCAAAUGCAACCAGCACAAAAACCAACGACUUCUGUUUUGGAAGAGAAAACUGUAGUUCCCCCACCAUUAAUGGUAGGAAAGAGACGAGGAGGAAGGAUUUUAAAAACUGGAAUGGUUGCUAAACCAAAGACUGAACAAACCGUUGAACAGCCCAAGGAUGCUUGGUCACUGUAUAUGGCUGAAGUGAAGAAAUAUAGAGAAGUUUGUUGUCAAGAAGAAGACAACACUAGACCACUGGUCAAAUAGUU